CGGGGCUAGUCUGGAUGACCUUUCCUCCUUGUCCCCCUCCUUCUUACCGUACACCCGCGACCCGGACCCCGUCAUUUCUUAGUGCCAGAAAGAGGAGUCCAGAGAGGCAGGAUGAACGAGGAGAGAUGGAUGACAAGACGAACGACGUGCGGCGGGCAACCAACGACUACCCAUCACCCCGUCCGUGCGUGCCUUGCCUUGCCGCGUCUCUCUCAUCUCAACAGAGAGACUGGGGUCUUUAGUGUAGGAAGGUACCUAACUAAGUCACGCAU